CAAACCACAGCAGUAACAGCUUGGGCAUAAUUCAACAUGCGUGUGUCUUGGGCGAGUUUGUUCGCUCUAAACUCCCUCUACGGAACCAGCCAUGCCAGUCCCUCGCGGCCAAGAAAUGAGUCGCGAGUGCAGCCGUUCCACAUCGACUUGUCGUCGAGGGUUCCUCGCAUGCUAGAGCAGAUCAGAAGCACCAGAUUGCCGGCAGAGCCCGUCUACGUCGACACAGGCAACGCCAAGGGGAUCACAUUGAGCGAUCUGAAAUCGUUCCGAGAAGUAUGGCUUACGAACUUUGACUGGGAGAGCGAGCAAAAAGAUCUCAACAAAUUCCACCACUACACCACCGAACUCGAAAAAUUGACCAUCCACUUCAUCCACGAAAAGUCCAACGCAUCAAACGCGAUUCCCCUGCUUCUGCUGCACGGGUGGCCCGGUUCCUUCCUCGAGUUCGCUCCGAUCAUCAAGCAGCUGACCGAGCAAGCGACCACCUCGACCGGCGAACCGGUCUCGUUCGACGUGAUCGUGCCCUCGCUACCGGGCUUCGCCUUCUCGUCCCCCGCGCCAAUCAACUGGACCAUCGCCGACACCGCGCGCGUGUUCAACACGCUGGUCACGAAGGUGCUGGGCUACAGCACGUACGCGAUUUUCGGAACCGACUGGGGCGCCGGCGUCGGCUACACCCUGUACGACCAGUACAACACGACCGUCCGUGCAGGCCAUCUCGCCUUUUUACCGUUCUUCCCAUUGACCCUCGACGCGCUUGCAGCGCAGAACAUCAUUCUCAGUCCGCUCGAGGCCUUCGAAGAGGCCAAUACAAUGGAAUGGAAUAAUUCAGGCGAGGGGUACUUCACCGAGCAGACCACGAAGCCAAACACAAUCGGCCUCGCCCUCCAAGACAAUCCGGUAGGCCAACUAGCCUGGAUCGGCGAGAAAUUCCUCAACUGGUCCGACCCCCAAGCCGGAACCUCUCCAUCAGUGCUCACGCACCACGAGAUCCUGCGCCAUGUGUCAUUGUACUACCUCACGGAAUCCUUUGCCUCAUCCGUCGUGAUCUACGCCCAGAAUCCGCAGGGCUUCAGCACGGUCUACACUCGGGCCCGCACUGAUGCGCCGCUGCUGUUCAGUGCGUUUAAGUAUAAUGUGGGAUUUUGGCCGCCGGCAUUGGUGGCGAAGACGGGGAACUUGGUGUUUUAUUCGAAUCAUGAGGAAGGGGGUCACUUUCCUGGGUUGGAUAAUCCGCCGGCCUUGCUGGGGGAUUUGAGGGAGAUUGGGAGGUUUUGGGGGGGUAGGGUUGCCGUAUGAAGAGGCGUAUGUGAGGUUGGGGAAAUUGGGUGUGGUUGGAGUGAGGAGGUAGUGAUCAUAAGGAGUGAUACAUGUGGUUGCUUGAGAAAUUGAAGGUAUAGACUCAGCUCAAGAUAUAC